AUGCCCAGUCCGUCGAAAGUUCGAGUCGCACUCGUUGGAGGCGGAACGAUUGCUCCAUUGCAUGCGAAACACAUCCUCGCAUCGCCGUUAUGCCAGCUUGUUGCCAUCAUUGAUCCAUUUCCGCCGGGUAAAACUCUGGCUGACAGCUUGAACGUGGCCCAUUAUCCAAAAGUGGCAGAUCUUGUUUCGUCACACGCGACGAAGCCGCUAGCUGUCGAGCUGUACAUCAUCUGCGUACCAUCGGCUCUGCACGUCCAAGUCGCCACCGAGAUAUUGAAGACGGCCAAGCCCAAGGCCAUCUUGGUGGAGAAGCCCUUUGCCACGGAGUCGGCGUCGGGAGAACAACUGCUUGCACUGGCGAAUGCCCAAGGGUGCAAGGUGGCAGUGGGCCAUCACCGACGGUUUCACGCUGCCAUCAAGGCUGCCAAACAGGCCAUCUCGUCCGGAAGGUUGGGUCGGCUUGUCGCCAUCACGGGUGUCUGGACUUGCAAGAAGAACGAGGGCUACUUCACCGCAGCUCAAUGGAGAGCGUCCCGGACCGCCGGGGGCGGGCCAGUGUGGACAAACUUUGUGCACGACAUUGACGUGAUGCAUUACCUUGUUGGCUCCAGGGUCACGCGUGUAUGGGCCACCAGCACAGUGACUCAACGGCAGCAUGCGGGAGUGAGCGAGGGCGACCAAGUGGAGGAAGGGGCGGCAAUCAUGUUCCAAUUUGCGAAUGGCGUCGUAGGCACCUUUGUCAUCAGCGACAAUGUACCCAGCCCGUAUGGGUGGGAGUCGGCAACCGGUGAUAAUCCACUCUACCCCCAGGCCGAGACGGCGGUGGACUGCUAUCGUAUCUUCGGCAGCCAGGGGACCGUAACGGUGCCGGACGGGAACCUCUGGACAUAUCGACAGGAAGACGCGGACCGGAGAGACCUGGAGAUUGGAUGGAACAUUCCCAUGAGCCGCGAGACCGUGGAGGCCAUGGAUCUCAUCCCUUUCCAGCAACAGACGGAACAUCUUGCCCGGCUGGUGGCGGGACGAGAAGAGCCAGUCUGUUCGGGAGAAGAUGGCCUCGCUGCCGUCAAGGUAUGCGAAGCUGUUGUGAGGGCUCUGCAUCGCGAUGAUGGACAUCCAAUUGAGCUGUGGACUUCUUGA